GUGUGUGGAGAAAUUACGCGAGCACUGUUGUGUUGUGUUGUAUUGCUGCUGCUGGAGGACGACCGGAAACACAACAGGGUCGCGUUUUAGAGCAUAUGUGAUCACGCAGAAGAAGAAGAAGAAGAAGAGGAAGAAGAGGAGGAGGAGGUUCGGUUCUCCACCUGAAUGCCCCCUCACGGUUGGAACCGUGCAGGAAAUAGAACGUAUUGAUUUGGUCCUGUAGGAGACGCUGGGAGGAAGGCGAGGAUCAUGGAUUAAUAACCGAGCGAACAUCCAUCCGAGAGGUUCCAAAUGUUGAACAUGUCCACCCCCAGCGAGCUGAAGUCUCCUUGCGUGACUCGCAACGGCAUGGUGAAGUUGCCCCCGAGCCAGCCCAACGGUCUGGGCAGCGCCAGCAUCACCAAGGGCACCCCUGCUGCCAAGAACCGUCUGUGCCAGUCCUCAUCGGUGCCCUCCAUCCUUCCUCCUCCGCCAUCCUCCCUUCCCUACCACCAUCACCACCACCUGGACAGCGGCGUCAUGCCACAUUCAGCAGCCUCUAUUCUGGGUUCGGACCUGGAACCCGGCAAGCAGCUUGUAGGCCUGAAGAGCCUUCGUCAGCUACCCCCCCUCACUUUACCCAAACCCAUCCUGUUGGAGCGCCAGCUUGUCCUGGAUGAGAAGCUGCUAAACCGACUGCUCUGGUACUUCACCACUGCUGAAAAGUGCGUGUUGGCCCAGGUAUGCAAGACAUGGCGCAAAGUGCUCUACCAGCCAAAGUUCUGGGAGGGUGUGACGCCCAUACUGCACGCCAAGGAGCUUUACACCCUGUUGCCCAAUGGAGAGAAGGAGUUUGUCAGUCUUCAGGCCUUCGCCCUGCGUGGCUUCCAGUCUUUUUGCUUAGUGGGCGUGUCAGACCUGGACAUUUGUGAAUUUAUUGACAACUACCCACUCUCCAAGAAAGGCGUACGCUCUGUCAGCCUCAAGAGGUCCACCAUCACGGACGCUGGUUUGGAGGUCAUGUUGGAGCAGAUGCAGGGUCUGAUGCACCUGGAAUUGUCCGGAUGCAACGACUUCACAGAGGCCGGCCUGUGGUCCAGUCUAAACGCUCGCUUAACGUCACUCAGCGUCAGCGACUGCAUCAAUGUGGCGGAUGACGCCAUCGCCGCCAUCUCACAGCUUCUGCCCAACCUCUCCGAGCUGAGCCUGCAGGCCUACCAUGUGACUGACACGGCCAUGGCCUACUUCACAGCUAAACAGGGCUACACCACGCACACUCUGCGGCUCCACUCGUGCUGGGAGAUCACCAAUCACGGUGUGGUAAAUAUGGUACACAGCCUUCCCAACCUGACAGCACUCAGCCUUUCCGGUUGCUCCAAAAUCACUGACGACGGUGUGGAGCUGGUGGCGGAGAACCUGCGGAAGCUACGCAGCUUGGACUUGUCUUGGUGCCCCCGGAUCACUGACAUGGCCCUGGAGUACAUCGCCUGCGACUUGCAUAAAUUGGAAGAACUGGUGCUUGACAGAUGUGUACGGAUCACAGACACGGGCUUGGGUUAUUUGUCGACAAUGUCUUCAUUGCGGAGCCUCUAUCUGCGCUGGUGUUGUCAGGUGCAGGAUUUCGGACUGCAGCAUUUGUUUGGAAUGAGGAGUCUUCGUCUUCUCUCUCUAGCAGGUUGCCCCCUGCUGACCACCACGGGCUUAUCAGGCCUCAUUCAGCUGCAGGAUCUAGAGGAGCUGGAGCUGACCAACUGCCCGGGAGCCACCGCCGAGCUCUUCAAAUACUACUCACAACACCUGCCGCACUGCAUGGUCAUCGAAUAAGACCGCCGUUCCCGCCCUGGCGACCAACUGCAAUACUUCAAACUUCCUCCUCGCUACUCUUCCUUACUCUUUGUCAAACGCCAGCCAGGAACACAGAACACCAUUCGUCACCACCUGGCCCCCCCGACUCCACCCGUCUUCCUCCACACCCCAUUGAAGAGGCGGACCAGCAGGAGGGGACUUCAAGACUGGAUUGGCGUUCAAUGUUGAUACUGGAGCGAAAGGCCUGGUAUGACGUCUUGUCUGGCUACCGGUUUCAGUUUCGUUCUUCAAGGGCACGGGAGACGCUUUGAUGAUAAACUUUUAGCAGAUGGGAUACUUCAGGAAGUGGCAUUGGAGGAACACAAAUAGGGACUUGUUGUGUUCGGGUGGAAGUCACACGUGCGUACACACGAUAACCGCACUCACAUGCAUAUGGUAUGUGAAACAAGUACUACUACUUUGCUUCAUCACUCUGUGUAAUAUAUUCUUUUUCUCCAAGUGUUCAGACACAAACCAGCCGAUAAUGAAAUCCGGAUGGAACUUCUCUUUCUCUUUUUCUCCCUCGACGUGUGCGAACUGUGAGUCAUGCACCAUAUUUUGGGAUCCUAACAUUUCCCCCCCCCCUAAUUCUUAUCAGAAGUCAAAAACAUUUGGGAAAACUACUGUUUACAUCAGGGGUGUCCAAAGUACCCAGCCAGGGUGGCAUUUUGAUACAUUUUGUACAUUAAAGAUGCUUAAAAACCAAUCCAGUCUAAAUCGGUACAGUGGAUCCCCUCAUAUUAACCAAUCAGCACUCACGGCCCCUACUAAUUUUUGGAAUUAAUUUCAUUUUAUUCACAUCUGAAUAAUACAGCUCAAAUGUACAGCAUACAUAUAAAGCCAACCAUUUUCCCAUGUUUAUGUCUUUCACUGAUAAUGUAUUUUGAGAAUUGACACGUCCUUGAACGCACCAUAGUCCAGCCAAAAGUGCGUACCUAUACAUUUUAUACUUUAAGUGCAUUUCAUAAAUGUGUGAUGCAUAUUUAGGACUUAAACCUGAACAAUGGCAAUUGAAGAGAGAAGGGGAGGGUCACUUUUAUUGCAAAUGCUGAUCAGAAAUCGGAGGAAGAGCUAGCAAGAGGGUUUUAUGGGAUGGGUAAGUGUCAAAUAUAGACAUACCAAUUACUCAUAACCAACUUACCCAAAAAAAAAGCGGGGAUCUACUAGUAUUAGUGUAAUAUCUCAUAAUAUAUCUUAUUAAGAAAGAAUUUGUUGUAUUUUUAGAACAAAAAAUGAGUUGUGGGCCGAACUUUGGACACCCCUGGUUUACAUUGUUUGUUGUUUUGUGUUGGAGUUGCAGGCUUGACCGGCUUAUUAUUUCCCGUUUUUCAUUGCUAUUUUUUUAAGACAGUGAAAUGCUAGUUCUAGAUAAGGCGCUGUUGUACACCAUGUGCUGUUGUGUCUUUAACGCGUGGUCAGCAAGGCAGUUCGAGAGCGGGAAGAGGGAAUGAUCCUUUUGUGUUUGCUGGAGAGAUUCUGCUGACGGUUAAGUGCUUUUCUCUUCAAAGAUAUCACACGUUGAUACGAGAUGGCUUGCAAUGUUUGACUUGGAGUACUUGAAGUAUUUUUUUUUUUUUUUUUAGAGCGGAGGGACUUUAAAUUGUGGUGGAAACACAUGAUGGGUAGUACUUUUAUUUGAAUUUGUGUCAGUAAAAAUGACUUGUGUGGACUGACUCCUUGAUGACAAGUCAGGGGAUUUCACUCCAUCUGGCAGUUUUGGUUUUUCCGUGCACUUCGUCUAUCAGCGGGCUCGUUGGAAAAGGACGUGACCGCUUUUAAGUCCUAUGGAGGCUCCUGCUUCAGUGACUUAGACAAAUUUAUGGAUGCCUUUCAAUAUCUGCGACUAUUCUCAUUGAUCCAGGAGGUCAUGGUAUUCUCAGGGCUGGAAUGGAUCGCAACUGGACUAUUUAGGAAAUAGUCUUAGUUCUAGCUACAGUAUUUAAGGACAGCUCUAGUCCUAGUUCAUGCUCAUGACCAGAUAAAACAGCUCUAGUCCUAGUUCAUGACUGGACAGGACACACCUCUAAUCCUAUUCAUGCUCAUGAUCAUGACAAGAUAUAACAGUCCUAGUCCUAGUUCAUGACUAGCUAGGACAACUCAAGUCCUAGUUCAGGUUUAUGACUAGCUAGGACAGCUCUAUCUUAUUUGGUCAUGAGCAUGAACUAGGACAAGAGCUGUCCUAUCUAGUCAUGAACCUGAGCUAGGACAUAGCAUAGGUCACAAGCAUAGGUCACAAGAUAGCCCUAGUCCUAGUUCAUGCUCAUGACCAAAUAAGACUAGAGCUGUCCUAUCUAGUUUUAAGCAGCUCUAGUCCACUACUAGAUUAGUCGUGAGCAUGAAAAAAUAAGUCAACAUCACACUUUUUUGUGCUCAAUUCCGCAAACGUACAAAACAAACUUUUAAUUCAAAAUAAUUGAAAUAUAUUGAGUGUCCUAUUAGCAUUUUUGCUAGUGUGACAAAUAUGUCACGUCAUGCUUUAAAAAGCAAUGUCAAGGCUAAAAGCCCGAUAGCGAUAUUUUCCUAGCUUGUUGUAUACAAAUUCACUGAAGAAAUAUACUGGAGUAAAACAGUUGAAUUGUAAUAUUUGACACCGUGUUAUUAGAAAUGUUCAAAGUGUUGGAAAUUUUGGGGAAACUACAUAUCUUUGGCAGGUUGUGACUGUCACAUGACAUCACUUCAAAGUGUCUUAGAUUACAGGUGGUCUUCAGGCUACGAACGAGUUGUCCCACUGUUCUACUUGUACCAGGCUAGUCAGCUAUAACCUCCUCUUCUCCUACAAAAUAAGCAGACCUACAUGGCCCUCUGUGAAAAAGUGACUGCACCCCUGCUAAAACUUAACUGAUAUUGAGUCUGGAGAUGGUUAUAAAGCUAUUUAUAAAGCUUUGGGACUCCAGCAAACCACAGUGAGAGCCAUUAUCCACAAAUGGCCAAAAUUGGAACAGGAGUGAACCUUCCCAGGAGUGGUAGGCCAACUAAAAUGACACCCCCCAGGUCACAAAAGACCCAGCAACAACAUCCAAAGAACUGCAGGCCUCAGUUGCCUCAGUUAAGGUCAGUGUUCAUGACUCCACCAUAAGAAAGACACUGGGCAAAAAUGGCCUGCGUGGCAGAGUUCCAAGACCAAAACCACUGCUGAACAAAAAGAACAUUAAGGCUCGUCUCAAUUUUGCCAGAAAAACAUCUUGAUGAUCCCCAAGACCUUUGGGAAAAUACUCUGUGAUCUGACGAGAGAAAAGUUUAAAUUUUUGCAAGUGUGUCCUACUACAUCUGGUGUAAAAGUAAUGCUGUAGUGUAGAAAAAGAACAUCAUACCAGCAGUAAAAUAUGGUGGUGGUAGUGUGAUGGUCUGGGGCUGUUUUGCCGCUUCAGGAUCUGGAAGACUUGCUGUGAUAAAUGGAACCAUGAAUUCUGCUGUCUACCAAAAAAAUCCUGAAUUAGAAUGUCCGGCCAUCUGAAACCAUCUUGGGUUCUGCAUCAGGACAAUGAUCCAAAACACACCAGCAAGUCCACCUCUGAUUGGCUGAAGAAAAACCAAAUGAAGACUUUGGAGUGGCCUAGUCAAAGUCCUGACCUGAAUCCUAUUGAGAUGCUGUGGCAUGACCUUAAAAAGGCGCUUCAUGCUGGAAAACCCUCCAAUGUGGCUGAAUGACAACAAUUCUGCAAAGAUGAGUGGGACAAAAUUCCUCCACAGCGCUGGAAGAGACUCAUUGCAAGUUAUCAUAAACGCUUGAUUGCAGUUGUUGCUGCUAAGGGUGGCCCAACCAGUUAUUAGGUUUGGGAGGGGGGUGUCGCUUUUUCACACAGGGCUAUGUAGGUUUGGAUUCUUAAUAUUUCCAUUUAUUUGAUGAUGUGAAACAUUUAAGUGUUAGAAACACCCACCUUAACCACUUCCAUAAUUAGUUCAAGUCAAGCCCAUUUUAGGCCAUUGAAAGUAGUUCUUUAACUAGCUCUUCUGUGUAAGCUAAGAUAAACAUGACAUCCAGAACAAAAGGCAUCUGUUAAUUUGUCUGGACUCAAGCAUCGGUACAAACAAAUCCCCAUAAAGUCAACAUCUGAAAGAUGAUUAUUUUUCUAGCAUUCAUUGGAUCUUAAAAGGAGAUGCUUGACAGCGAGCCACUGUGCUACUUUUGUGUUGCCUCUAGUGUGUCAUCUGCAAAGACUGGCUGAGUGACAGCCGGUGUUAGGUUGUGCCAAAUACAUGUGCAGCAUCACACGUUUUGCCUCAUACGUGGACUGACAGCUGGCAGACCAUGCAUGUUUUUUUCUUUUUUUUUUUUUAAGUUACUCUGCCUCUGGAUUUCAACAACGCUGUCCUUUUUACCUCUUCAUUGUAUAUAUUUAUUUAUUUAUUCAUUAAUUUGUGUCUUGCCUGUUUGAUUUAUUUAUUGACGUCUUCAAAUUUGGUCAAACAAUGACUGCUAAUUUUUUUUUUAUUAAUUAUAAUUUUUCAACCCCUAAAAUAAAUAUUUGACUUUGUGCUGACAUGAUGUAUUGACUGUCAUUGUCUUGAAUGUGGCAGAAAGCAUACGAUGUUUGCCACUUACCUCUGUCAUGGCUACGCUAUGUUUACAAUAUAUUACCACUAAAACAAUGGCGAGCAAGAUUUAUGGUUUGCUAAUGCAAAAUGAAAUCUAUGGAAGCUUAUUAGGGACAAAGUAAAUCAUCAGAAUGAGCCUGUGUUGUGAUUGUAUUGUUUCCCACUUUUCACAUGUACGUACGUAUGUGAGCCUUGUCUUAAAACACGGGUGUCAAACUCAAUCAGUCGUAAUGUUGGUAAGACAAUACAAAAUGGAGAUUGACGCCCCUGUUUUAAAAACAUGUGGCCUCCCCUAGUAGCUGGAUUUGUUUUUUUCCAGGAUGAUUGUCUGGAAUUUUCUGCUGUGUACUCUGAAACUGCAACGUCCCAUCAUCCACGAUCCCUAUGUGAGACAAUAACACUUGUGCACCUAUUCCACCUAAAAAGCCCUGUAAGAUAACGUUUAUAUCCAUGCUGUAAUUAUGUAGUAACUAACAGGAACAUUCAUGACAACAUAUAAUUGCAUCAUGCUACUUGGAUACGUACAUGGAGGAUGACCUACAGGUUUUAGAAGCUGAACCAGCAAGAAUAGAAAGUGAAACAUCAGAGCUUAGUUCCUCGGUGUUAGCUCCUACAAUAAGAAUAUCACCAUAGCUUGGUUAGCCCAUUCAAUCCCAGGCCACUUAUCAAUAGACAACCGCUUCAAUAGUGGCCAUUUUUCAUCAUUUUGACUGAUCUUUCAGGACGCAUAGAAUAUUGUGUUUGAUGGCUGCAUAAACAUGGAUGCUACCAAAAGUUAGACUAGACUCCUGACUUUCAUCAGAAAGAAAAAGUUUGUUUGUACAUUUUUCCGUUCUUUAGUAAUCAGCAGUAGAACAUAGGUAAGUUUCAGGAAAAUAUCAGCUGCCGACUAAAAAGGGGAGAACACCUAUAGUACCAACAUAAACAACACAAAUAUGGGGUUGUUUUAUAUCAAAAUGACAACUUAAGUAGAAAUAUAACACCAUGGACUAUUUAGAAUAUUCAUAUUUGGACAAGAACUAUGAACAUAAAAAGAAGCUUUUUGUGAAAAUGUACUCACUGUAUGUCCACGUGAUCUCUGACGAGCUCUUAUCAAAUACGCUUCUGCAUCCUAGUGGCUGUUUUUAUGGCUUAAAAUUGCUCUGAAGGCAAAUCCAUCAGUGGGAAGUUACAUCAUCACCUCUUUAAGCCUCUUGCGUAAAAUAUGUUUAAAUAUGUGAUUGGGAUCGGGCGUUUAGGUUGAUAAAAACGUGUAACUAGUCUUGAAUGACUUCAUAUGUAAGUCACAGCAUGUCAAUGCUGUGUUGUUGCCGUUUAUUGGUUGUUUUUUUCCGACUUUGUCGGCAAACCCGUGUGGUGUGAAUUGCUAUUGACAAACAGCCAGCAAGAGGCGGGUAUGUAGGACACAGAAAAGGGAAAGACGUGUGUUCUUGUCUCACAUAAGGAUGGUAGAUGAUGGCAAAAUGAAAACAAGUGCUGUUUUCCUUUAAGGGAGGAACUAAAAAUCAACAAAUUUAACCUCUGACAUAAAAGAAAAGAAAGAUUUUUGUUGUUAAGCAAAUACAGUGGACCCCGUUUAUGUCAACAACCGGUCUAUGUUGCCCACCCAUUCAAGUCCUGGUCCAACAUGUUGUUCUUAUGACUAAAAAGUGCCCGCUUAAGUCGAUGUGGACAUUAAAUAUCUGUUUGUGUCGACAUUUGUUAAAGUACAGUGUUCCCUCGCUUUUUUUUUUUUGUGCAAUCUUCUUCGUCCUGAUUGCCAACGAAUCCUUGUCUCCUGUUGUGUUUGCACGUUUUCUCCCCAACAAAACCCACAAUGUUGACGAGACGUCCAGAGGAAGCCAAGCAUUGCACAAAAAGUAGGACUUGUGAAGGUUACGUGACUGUCGGGCGCCAUGAUGGAAUAAAUGAAUCUUCCGUUUAGCCAACUACUACUACUAACUACAUAGUAGUUAGUUACCCAGCAUUAAAACGACCACACAGUGACUUCCUGUGCAGUGCAAAGUAAGCUUCAAAAUAAAACCAUGGCAGUAUUAACCUGGAUCCUAUCACAGGAGCUAAGAAAAUGUAUUUUUAUUUUUUGUACACAUGUAUAAAUCCACUGCAUAGCGACCGAGUGGUUACCCCACAGGCCUCACAGCAAAGAAACACAAGUUCAAUUCCACCCUCGAUGUGGACUCUGCUUAAUAUUUAUACCCUUACAUACACAUCACCAACCAUCAGGAGUUUAUCAACCCAAAAUAACACAAGAACCUGUAAGGCAUGCUGGGAAGCCAAGGCCACACUUCGCCAACAGGAAGUUACCCAGUGGGUUACAGCAUAUACGCAUAUACGAUCGUCCCUCGUUUAUCACGCUUAAUUGGUGACAAGUGAAUUUCCACAAAGUAGGAUUCAAUAUUAAUAAAUAGUAAACCUGUUUGACCUUCCUAAUAUGGUUUUUACCAUUAUUAGAGCCCUGUAGACAUGAAAUAACACCCCUAUAGUCACCUUUACAAUCAUAUUACCCAAUACAUAAACGUAAUAAGAGAAAAUAAGUCAUUUUAGACUGCACGGUGGAGGGGUGGUUAGCACGCAGGCCUCACAGGUUGGGCACCCGAGUUCAAUUCCACACUCGGCCAUCUCCGUGUGGAGUUUGCAUGUUCUCCCCGUGCAUGCGUGGGUUUUCUCCGGGUACUCCAGUUUCCUCCCACAUUCCAAAAACUAGGUUAAUUGGCGACUCCAAAUUGUCCAUAGGUAUGAAUGUGAGUGUGAAUGGUUGUUUGUCUAUAUGUGCCCUGUGAUUGGCUGGCGACCAGUCCAGGGUGUACCUUGUUUCCUGAAGACAGCUGGGAUAGGCUCCAGCACCCCCGUGACCCUCGUGAGGAUAUGUGGUAGAAAAUGAAUGAAUGAAUGAAUCCCUUAUCGCACGCUUAUAUCGAUACCAGUCAGCUAGUCAAAGGGGCGUCGCCAUAAACGGGCACCACUGUAUUUGGUAUACUUGAUGUUACUCGUGAAUGAAGCCCAUCAUGUUGGAUACACUCCUUCAUUACACAUGUGAGACAGACUUCAUUUUUCUACAUGGUGGGGUUUUUAUUAGACGACAGCUUGAAAAAAACCCUUCUCAAUACGGUAUUGUAAAUGUCUUAACAGAAAAUAACCAGAUUGUUACGAGAUAAAUUGUAUACUAUACCCUUUUUCUACUAGAAUAAUAUAAGCAAAUGGAAUUAUUUACAUGUUGUCUUGUCAGUAAUUGAUGUUGUAUCUAGUAUCAGUCUAUACCAGUGUACAUUAUAACAAAUAUUUUAUUUAUUCCUGCAUUUGAUAUGGUCUGUAAUGAGCUUCCAUAGAUUCAUGUGCAAGUUUACAUAUCAUAAAUGAACGUGUACAGUCAGGCAUUUCUCAGCUAAAAGCAACUAACAACAAAUCUGAGUCCACGGUACAUGAGCUAAGGUUUUCCAAGGAGAAUCAUUCCUGCCACUUCUACUGCUGUCUACGGUCUUUGUAUACAUCUGUCACCAUUUUGUUACAACCCCUGUACAGCACAACUUUCAACAGUCAAAUAAAUGACGACAAUUUACUGAUAAUGAAAAA